AUGGCCCGCAGCAAGGAGAUUGUUCCCAGCGUCGGACGCUUGUCCCGCUCGCAAGUCUUCGCCCGCCGCGCACUCUACAAGGGCCAGAAAAAAACCGACGCGCCCGCCGCCGCCGAGACUGCGCCAACUAAAGAGGUGCAGGUCGGCGGCGACAAGAACGGCUCCACGCGCCUCGUCCCCACCUCGAAAGCCCCCCGCUUCUACCCCGCCGAGGACGUGCGCCUGCCCAAGAAGAGCCGCAAGACCGCGAAGCCCACAUCCCUCCGCUCCUCCAUCUCCCGCGGCACCGUGUUGAUCUUGCUGGCAGGUCGCUUCCGGGGGAAGCGCGUCGUGUUCUUGAAGCAGCUGGAGAGCGGGCUGUUGUUGGUCACAGGUCCUUUCAAGGUCAACGGUGUACCCCUCCGUCGGGUGAACCAGGCCUAUGUCAUCGCGACGUCCACAAAACUUGACCUCGGCGACUUGAAGGUCGACGACAAGUUUAACGACGCUUACUUCGCCAAGGCCGCGAAGAAGGCGUCGACCUCCGCAGAGGAGGAGUUCUUCUCGGAGGGCAAGCCCAAAGAGAAGGAGGCGUUCCCCGAAGCCAAGUCGGCCGACCAGAAGGAGGUUGACAAGGCGAUCAUUGAGUCUAUCAAGAAAACGGAGAACUUGGCCAAGUACCUGAAGGCGAGCUGGGGACUCUCCAAGGGUCAGUUCCCUCACCAGCUCAACUUCUGA